AUGCGGAUUCGGUUGACAUUACGAUCCCUAAUGCCUGCUGUUCGAAUUCUCUGUGCCAUUUUCGCAAUAUACUGCAUUGUGUGUGGCUCAAUAAUUCUUAACAUCGGAAAAUUUGAUGAUACUGCAGUUCCGCGUUGGGUCUCUGGUUUCGUGGCUGGAAUCGUAAUUUUCGUUUUUGGAGUCAUGAUGGGAAGGAGACGAUUGAUUUGGAUUACAAUUCCAAUGUUUACAGAUGCUGCGCUCAUAAUAACCAAUUCAAUCACCUUAAGAGAUAGAAAAAUUAUGAAAGUCUCUGAUUGGUUGAGUGUGACCUUGAUAAUUGUUGGUGCAAUUCACUUCGGAAUGGAAUUGACGGAAUUACUUAUAGAGUCAAUUAAAAUGCGAAAAAAAUAUGAAAAGAAUGUCGGGAAAAAGGAAGAGCUGCAAGGUGUUAAAUGUGAUGCUUGUGAUACGAAUGCCUUCCGCCUCAGACGAUACAAAUGCCUCAAGUGUAUCGACUUUGAUCUCUGUGGGUCCUGCUUUGACAGUGGUGAGGAGAUUAAUCAACACCACUCACAUCAUCCCAUGCAGUGCAUUAUUCUUGAAUCAGAUUUCAAACUGUUCUUUCCAAAAUCUAAACCAAGUGAGAUAAAUCGAAGUUAUACCUGCCCAGUUUGUGGAACGACUGGUUUUCAGGUGGCUGAUUUAAAAAAUCAUGUGGAACUAAGGCAUCCGAGUACACAUCACGCUGUUCUCUGUCCUCUUUGUGCUUUUCCAUCAACGGAAUUUGUUAUAUCUGCCGGUCAUAACCCAAAUCGACCUCAUAAAGAUUUUUUAAAUCAUCUUCAGACUGUCCAUCGACUUAGAAAACCCGCAACUAACUCCUCUCAUGAACAGGAUACUGGCAAUAACAAUAGCAACUCACCUCCCGUAGAACCUUAUCUAAAUCGAGAUGAAGAGUUCUUCUACAAACCUGAGGGUGAUGGGAAAAUUUCGGGGCUUUGCAAAUUUGAUAAACUGUUGUCUCCUGAUGACCAGGUUAUAGAUGGUCUAGUAUCGGGGUCUACUUUCUCCUCUCGAGAUUUGGGGCUGAAUAUUCUAUCUCGCUUGGAGAAGAUAGGUACAAGUUCGUUAAAUGAAACUCCAAUCUCUCAGAGUUCUAAUAUGGUCUACUUUGAGUCGGUCACUUUCGUCUGCCAAAUCAAAGUUCAAGAAGUUGAUCCAAUGGGCCGGCUUCCAGUUAAUGCUGCUCUCAAGACUCAUAAGGAGAAGAGUGAUAGUAUUAUGCCUUCGAAAUCGAGUGGUGUUGACAAUCACAACAACUCAGAUUAUGAAGAUUCUGUUAAUGACGAAUCUGACGGAGAAGUUGAAGAUGACUCGGCCUCUGAAGCACCAUCGGAAGCCGCUUUGGCUGAAAGUGGUCGGAUUGUCAAUGCUGAAGUGGUUGAUGGUGACUCCGUGCUCCUUGCUAGUGCAGCUCAAGAGGAAGAUAAGGACAAAGGCGACAAAGAUGCAGGUACUGUCGAUCAGGAUUGGGUGACAUUUGUGCAGGAGUUGAUAUGGGACAGUCUAAACUUGAGGAGUCUUUCACUAAUAAAAAAAGAUCAUUGA